AUGGGCUCGAACAUAGCUGAGAACAGUCUGAAGCCUGUCAGGGCAGAGGAUUUCGCCAAAUUUGGAAUGGCAGCGUAUCGAGCUCCUUCUUUAUAUCAACCCCACAGGCUGCGAGAGGCUAUCAGAGAUGCCCAUGAGGGAAAGAUUCCACCUCUCAUGGGAUAUUUUAUGGGGUUGCCGUCACCGCCUGUUGCGAAGAUGGUUGCAAUGUUUGGCUUCGAUGUCGUGUGGGUGGACUGGGAACAUUCCGCUAUGAGCGUCGAGACAAUGACCCAGAUGGUUUACGAUGUACAAUUCUGCAGUGAGGGAAGAAGUGCAGCUCUUGUUCGUGUACCUGGCCAUGGACACGAGAACAUAGGGUUUGCGCUUGACGCAGGUGCCAGUGUUGUACUGCCACAGGUCGAGACCGUCGAACAGGCAAAGCAUAUCUGUUCAGCCGCAAAGUUUGGAAGGAAGGCUCGAGGAACCCGAUCAGCUCCACCAGCAAGAUGGUUCCCUGGAGUAUCCGAUCAAACUUGCGAUCCUUCAAAGACUCUCCACACCAAUCUCAACCAGCAAGCUGCCAUUAUCAUUCAAAUUGAGAGUCUUGAAGGUAUCAAGAACCUGGAUGCCAUUCUUACUGAAUGUGGAGAUCAGAUCGACAGCGUAUGGCUGGGGUCUCUGGAUGCCAGAAUCAGCAUGGAUCUUCAGGGAGGUGGCAUUCUGGGCGUGGAGAACGAAUGGCAGGACGCAGUUGCAGUUUUUGAAUCAGCCCUUGCCAAACACAAUAUGCCGGCUUCUGGUCUAGCUUUUGGUCCGCCAGAGAUGAAAGCGAUACUAAGCAAAGGAAGGAGUAUGAUCUUCGGAUCUGCCGAUAUGAUGGGAUUGAUGUCUGCGGUUGGCGAAUUGCAACAAACCCGCCAAGAUUUCCCUGCGAAAGACCAUUCCAAGAUCUUCAAACAAAUCUAG